AGAAAUGGAGUACCUACAAAUAUUCCUGAUGUAGACGUUGCAUUGCCAUGGAUCACUGGGUGACGGCGGCUAGCGCCCUGCUGGCGUUCCUCCUGUACUACAACACAUUAGAUGCCGGAUUUGUCUAUGACGACAGACGGGCGAUCCUCUCCAAUCCGGACGUCAUCGGACACACACCGCUAAAGGCACUAUUUGAAAACGAUUUCUGGGGAACACCGCUCACAGACCCAGGUUCACACGGUUCAUAUAGGCCGCUGUGCGUCGCUACAUAUCGGCUCAACUACGCUUUUAGUGGAUUCAAGCCAUGGAGUUUUCAUUUUCUAAAUGUAGUUUUUCACUGCAUAGCGUCAGCGCUCGUUGUUGUUUUGGCCCGCCGACUGAUGCCGAGUUCCUGUAUACGAGUGGGUGCGGCAGUCGCUGGGCUCACCUUCGCAGCUCAUCCAAUACACACAGAAGCAGUGGCAGGAGUCGUAGGCCGAGCAGAUUUGGCGGCUUGCAAUUUGUUUCUCAUAAGCUUCUUACUGUACAGCGAGCACAUCCGAUUACGUGAACAACGCCAUAAACGAUUAUGCAGACAUAUCUUAAAAAAUAAUGUAAUGCGCAGAUUGAGCUCAAGCAAUGAUCAGCCGUUUCGACUAAGUUGCCAUAGCUUGGUCCAGCACGUCAUGAUGAACUUUCGUAGAUUAUUGAAAUGUGGUAAAGCGGGCCCUAUGAAAGUGUUAAAUGCCUGGGAAGCGAAAUCCGAGGCAGUGAGACUGAAGUGUCAGUACAGUGGCAGUGUCAGUGAGGACUCUGGUGAACUGUGGCAGUGGUCGACCCUAGCAGGAACUCUUUUGUUUGCCGCGGCUGCUACAUUAUGCAAAGAGCCCGCCAUUAUGGUCUUGCCUCUUUGUAUAUUUUACGACUAUUUGAAAGGGAAUCGCCCAGAAGAUCUCUACGCGAAGCAACGAUGGCGGAGUGUGUGUGCACUGGGAAUGGGGGGAGUGGCUUUACUGUACUGGCGGCUGCGGCUGACAGGGGCGCCUACGGCUUUCGCCGCCGCUGAUAACCCAGCCUCUCGCGAUCCUUCGUUCCUCACCAGGACAUACACAUUCGCCUAUCUUCCAGUUUUUAACUUCUUCCUCCUUUUAUACCCAUUUCACCUCAGUUUCGAUUGGUCUAUGGACGCCAUACCACGAAUAACGACUCUUUUUGAUCAACGAAAUAUUUCUACCAUAAUUUUCUACGCAAUUAUCUCUAAAGUAACCUGGCGGGCGAUAGUCACCGAAUUUAAGAAACGUCAAGAAAAUUCUUAUAAAGAAGCAAAGUAUUAUAAGAAACAAAAUUGUAAAAAUAAGCACAAAUGGAAUUACAAUUGCAAACAGUACAAUAGACAGGAACCUAUAGACAGAAAGAAUUACCAUGCACCUCACAAAGAAAAUUCGGUUAAGCGGCAAUUGUGCCCUUGCAACGGCUGUAAGCAUGCGUUGACGGAAGAACACACCAGUGCAUGCCGGGCCAUCAAUAACAACAACACAAUGAUGCAUCACUCCGCCUGCGUGUGCCCGAUGGAACACAAUAAGACGAAGGUCCAGCCGGUGCAUAGACAGGUUUAUCGCAGCCCUCAAGUGGCAAUGCUCAUGUCUAUAGCAUUAAUGGCUCUGCCGUUUAUUCCGGCCAGCAAUGUCCUAUUCUACGUCGGAUUUGUGGUUGCGGAACGAGUAUUGUAUAUACCAAGUGUUGGAUUCUGUUUGUUACUUGGCUUAGGAGCUGGUGCUUUGACCCGCAGUUGGCACAAAAGUGAAGCUAAGAGCAGAAUAUUCAUGCUUACUCUGUUAUUGGUGUUGUCGUCCCUGUGUGGGGCUACUUUAAGAAGAAACCUUGACUGGCAUGACGAAGAGAGCCUUUUUAAAAGUGCGCUGCAUAUAAAUUCGCCAAAAGCAUAUGGCAACCUCGGCAGCGUGCUGAGUGCGCAGGGUCGGGUUGCGGAAGCGGAAAUCGCGUUUGAGAGGGCGCUCAAGCACAGACCUAAUAUGGCCGACGUUCAUUACAAUUUAGGAAUCAUACUGCAAAACCAAAGGAGAUACGGAGAAGCUAUAAAGAGUUUUGAAAAAGCGAUUAACUUCCGACCUUCCAUGGCUUUGGCGUACGUAAAUCUCGGCGCAUCGCUGAUGGCGGAUGGGCGCCUCGCCGAAGCAGCCAGCGCGCUCCGCGCCGGCGCCCGCGCUGACGGCGUACGUGUGCGCGAUCGGCGCGAGCACGACGCCGCCCGCGUCUCGGCGCUAGUGCAACUAGCGGCGCUUCAUUCGCAAAGGGGGCACUGGCACAAAGCGCUGUCAGCGUACAAGGAGGCUCUACAAAUACUUCCGACUAGUAACGUUCCUAUUGUAGGGUGGACGAGACACAACCUGUUGUCCAUGGUCGGCGAUGUGCACAUGCAGCUCCAACAGUGGGCGCAGGCAGAGCACAGCUUGCUGUCCGCGCACGUCGCGUCGCCGCACCACGUAGGAACACACGUCGCCAUGGCGAGAAUACUUGCUAGGAAUGCUACCCGGAGUGUGGAAGCAGAAAUGUGGUUUAACAAGGCUCUACUUCUAGCACCAAAUGAUCCGUCAAUAAGAGACCAAUUUGGGAUGUUUCUAAGAUCACAAAGGCGAGUGAGAGAAGCCGCUGAGCAGCACGUUCUGGCAGCGCGCCUGGCUCCGACGGACGGCGUGCGCGCGGCAUCAGCGGCGCGCGCUCUGCGGGACGCGCGCCGCUGUCGCUCCGCUGAGCGGUGGUAUGCGAAAGCUGUGCAGUUAAAACCUGAGGAUGCAGAGUUCCAUUCAAAUUUUGGCGCAAUAUUACACUUAAAUGGCAAGUAUGCGGCCGCCGCAACAUCGUACCGUCGAGCCCUGCAGCUGCAGCCUAAUGAUGAAAUCACCAUCACAAACCUCAAGCGAGUAAAAGCACUUAUGAGUACUCAGCGCAGAACAUAAGGACAAGACAAGUGUGGAUAAAGCAACACAUCAGGUAGUUUAGUGUAUGUCAAUUGCCAAAUAUACAUCGAUAGAGUUACAGAUUUUUAUUUUUUUCUGAUAUUAUUCGAUUAUUUACGGAUUUAGAAAUAAUAACUUACCUAUUUUAAGUUACGGCAAUGUGUAAGGUACGCAUUUCUAUUGUAUGUAAAUUAAUAGUUUCCACGUAACAAGUAGUUAGGGAUACGAAUAAUAAUACAAAUAUUUGUUAUAUUAAUGAUAGGUUAGUAUGGAAUUAUUGCGAUUUGAUUAAUUAUAGGUGGUAUUAUCUGAUCGUAUCAAUAAAUUAUUACGUUAUUAGUUUACCGCAAAGCUCAAAGGAACGGGUAGCCCGAGCGUUUAGCGGUUUGAGCUUUUGGCGAAUGAAUUAAACGCGCACCUAUGUUACGUAAAUUAAAUUAUUGCGGAAUAUGCGGAUAUUGGGCGGUGAAUAGAUUUUUUUUACAUUUUAAAAUGCUCGUAAGGCCUACAGAAAUACGUAGGUAAUGGAAUUGAUUUUAUCAACUUCAUACAUGGUUGUUAUUUUGUUAAAAUGGUUACUACAUACACAACAACUGAGGCAGCGCAGAAUAAACAGUGUAUUUUCAAAAUACUUGUUUUUACAUACAUACAUACAUAGAGACUGUCCAAGUGUUAUUUUAAACGUCGAACUUCCAUGAAAUUAUGGUCUGGUCUGGGCUAUCAAAAUCGCUACCAACUUAGCUUGCUGUAACGUCAAAGUCAAGAUAUUCUUUAUUCAAAUAGGCCUAGCAACAAGCACUUUUAAACUUAACUCUACAUAUUCCUAUAUUUUGGAUGGCCUUAUCUCGAAUCCGGAAUUAGAAAAAGUAAAGCCACUUUUGCGGGUGUGUCUUUCAUAAAGAACUACUUAAUGGUGUAAUCUAUUUCAGCCCAAAGAUAACUCAGUUUUUAAAUUAUAAUCUAUCAUUCAUAAAGUAAAAGUAGUGUCACUACUCGUACCUACUUAUCAUGUACGUGAUAAACUAUUGUUCACUGUCCAGCGGUCUUAAGAUGGUCGCGAUGAUCGCGUUUUUAUCGUCUAAAGUGUACUCAUCCGAAUUGGGGGCUUUUUACUCGUCAAAAUGAUAAUAUAUAGUGGCGUUUACGAGUAUGGUAGCCACGUCUCUUAAAUAUGUCACGUCAAUUAUCCCCCAGUUUGAAUUUCCACAAAGCUAAUCACUUAAAAUUCGACAUUUUAUAUUGAUUUACAACUGUAAUUGAUAUUGCAUAAUAAUUGAUAUGCUAAUUUUUUUUCCCGUUAAUUAUUGCAUUAAUUUUAUGCAGCCCCAUUAUUGUGAUUUCAUAUAAAUCUAUGUAUAUUAAUUAAAGGUCUACGUUACAAUGUUAAAUAAGUAGAUAGUCACAAAAUGUAUAUAAAAUUUUAAUAUCAUAGCAAUUUUAUACAAGUGCAUAUAUUAUUAAGUAUAUCAAUGUUGAUACUUCCUAUACCUACCUGAUUUUAAUACUAAAUCAUUGCUGUUGCAUUUUUUAAAUUACUUAUUUAUGAUUACUGUUUAGCGUCUUCCAUAUAAUUUUGAAAGUUGACUAUUGCUUCUAAUUCUUGGAAGUUGUAAAUAAACAAAGAAAUGUAAAAAUACCUGUAAAGUUCGACUUAUAGCUGACUCCAAAUAAGAGGAGAUAUUAUUAUUUUUAUAUAUAAGCUUAUUUUGUAUCUACAUAAUUAUAUGAGAUAUGCUAAACUGUUUUAUUAAUAAUUCACAUACUGAGUGCCUAUGAGCUUAAGGGUUUUUAAUGAAAGAGUCGUACUUACUCUGAUUUCAGAUGAAACUUUUAUAAUAUGCCAACGAUAUUGACAAGGCCAUUGUGAUGAGUAUUAUGUUCUCUGCUUAGAUUUAGUUUUAGCAAUGGUAAAAAUAAAAUACCUAGCUAGGUACUGAAAACAUUAGACAAAAUUGGCUCAAUGAAUACGAUUGUAUGGCACACAUAUAGUUUAUCAUCUGGUUUGAAAUAAAUUAUAUGUUUUACUGUCGGAAGUAUGGGGGCGUCAAUAACGCGUUAACAUGCGAACUAAGGCGCGGGCGGUUAUUUAGGUAGACGUCCGAGAGCUCUCAGGCUCGGGGGACGAUGCGUAUAGGUAGUAUGAAUCUUCUCACAUGAUUUUUA